CGCGCGCGGGGGCUGUCGUGGUGGUUUCCAAACUCCUCAGACAGUCUUGCCGGCUUAGGCCCCGAACCCGAACCUCGAGUCCCAGUCCCUCAGGCUUCGGCCCCCGAUCUGCCGGCAGGAUGGUGAAGCCCAAGUACAAAGGACGGAGCACCAUCAACCCGUCCACCUCCAGCACAAACCCUGAUCGAGUGAAAGGAGCUGGAGGUCAAAACAUGCGGGACCGUGCGACAAUCCGACGCCUUAAUAUGUAUCGGCAAAAGGAACGAAGAAACCGUCGUGGUAAAGUAAUUAAACCUCUACAGUAUCAGUCAUCAGUAGCUUCUGGCACAGUGGCAAGAGUGGAACCCAAUAUUAAAUGGUUUGGAAAUACACGUGUGAUUAAGCAGUCAUCAUUACAGAAAUUCCAAGAAGAAAUGGAUAAAGUUAUGAAGGAUCCAUAUCAAGUUGUCAUGAAGCAAAGCAAAUUACCAAUGUCUCUCCUCCAUGACCGAAUCCAGCCUCAUCAUUCCAAAGUGCAUAUUCUUGACACAGAAACUUUUGAAACAACAUUUGGCCCAAAGUCACAAAGGAAGAAACCUACUCUCUUUGCAAGUGACAUGCAGUCUCUUAUAGAAAAUGCAGAGGCUUCAACUGAGACUUAUGACCAAAAGAAAGAUCGUGAUUUAGUAACAGAAGAUACUGGUGAGAGGAGUGAAGCACAAGAGGAGAUAUUUAAAAAGGGACAGUCCAAACGAAUCUGGGGAGAGCUCUAUAAGGUGAUUGACUCAUCAGAUGUUGUAGUUCAGGUUCUUGAUGCCAGAGAUCCACUGGGCACACGCUCUCCUCACAUUGAGACUUAUCUCAAAAAGGAAAAACCCUGGAAACAUCUAAUUUUUGUUCUUAACAAAUGUGAUCUUGUCCCAACAUGGGCAACAAAACGAUGGGUUGCAGUUCUCUCCCAGGAUUAUCCAACACUCGCUUUUCAUGCAAGUCUCACCAACCCCUUUGGCAAAGGAGCAUUCAUACAGCUUUUACGUCAAUUUGGAAAGUUGCAUACUGACAAGAAGCAAAUCAGUGUGGGAUUCAUUGGCUAUCCAAAUGUUGGCAAGAGCUCUGUGAUAAAUACUCUGCGUUCCAAGAAAGUUUGUAAUGUGGCUCCCAUUGCAGGAGAAACCAAGGUCUGGCAAUACAUCACCUUAAUGCGUCGGAUAUUCCUUAUUGACUGUCCAGGUGUGGUUUACCCUUCUGGAGACUCUGAAACAGACAUUGUGCUGAAAGGAGUGGUUCAAGUUGAAAAAAUUAAGAGUCCUGAAGACCAUAUAAGUGCUGUGCUUGAAAGGGCAAAGCCAGAAUAUAUCAGUAAGACAUAUAAAAUUGAUUAUUGGGAAAAUGCUGAAGACUUCCUAGGAAAGCUAGCCUUCAGGACUGGAAAGCUUUUAAAAGGUGGAGAACCUGACCUGCAGACUGUGGGCAAGAUGGUUCUCAAUGACUGGCAAAGGGGCCGAAUUCCUUUCUUCGUCAAGCCACCCAAUGCAGACCCCCCAUCAGCCUCCCAGUUUCCAACAUCCUUGGUGAUUUCGACAGAAUCAUCCCAUGAAACCAAGGAGGAAGAGGAGGAAACUGAAAAUCAAGAAACCACACUUGUGGCUGAAAGGAAAGAGGAGGAGAAAGAGAGCAGUGACACAAAUGCUGAAAUGAGAGAGCUCCUGGCACGUGUUCGACAGAACUUUGGCAGGAUCAAUGUUGUGCCUCAGUUUACGGGAGAAGAUCUGGUCCCUGUGGAGAUCUCAGAUAGUGAAGGAGAAUUUGAUGACUCCUUUGGAGAGGAGGAGGAGAAGGAAGAGGAAGAACAACAGCCUAAAAAAGAGCAUGAAGAAUUAAACCAGGCAUCCCAAGGAAAUGUAGAAAUUAGCAGCAAAGCAGUUAUUCAAGCUCUGGAUGAAAAAAUUGCUAAAUACAAGAAGUUCUUAAAUAAAGCUAAAGCCAAAAAGUUUUCAGCAAUCAGAAUUCCCAAAGGUCUUAGUGAACAGGUGUUUUCCAAACCUAAAGAACAAGAUAUAGAAGAAAAAGGACAUACCAAGAAGGGAAAAAAGAGAAAGGCACAUGAAGAGGAGGAGCCUGAAAAUGAGUCUGAAAAGCUUACGUCAAAGGCACGAAGGCGAGCAGACCGUCAGAAGAAAGUCAAAAAGAUUGGAGUUCGAUACUAUGACACUCACAAUGUGAAAAACAAGAAUAGGAACAAAAAGACCACUAAUGAUGCAGGGGGACAAAAGCAUCACCACAAACAGUUCAGACGGAAGCAGUAAUUUUUUAAUUGGUUUAUUAAAAUUUAUAAAAAUAUACAA